CCGUUUUUGGAUAAACUACACAAAGAAGACUAAAAAUGCAACACAUUUUAACGAUUUUUAUUAACUAUGAAUAUUAUUCUCUAACAGUUCAUUAGAUUUCUGGUUCUUUAAUUUGUUUUUACAUAGUCAAAAGGUUUUAUACAACAGUUCUAUCCCCAACAAACAUGAUGAGCUGGGCUUCCUGUUUGGUUGUAGCUGGUACUCUGUGCUCCCAGCUGAAUCCAGUAGCUUUAUCCAAAAUAGGAGUAUGCCGUGCUGGCCACUUUUAUGACACCAUUGCAGAAAAGUGCAAGAAAUGCUCCUUGUGUCCAGCAAACCAACUCGUCAAGACACAGUGUUCUCAGUUUGCAGACUUAGAGUGUGGUUCUCUAGACUCAAAUAUAGAUGUGUUGUUUGACACCAAAAAUGGUGUGCUGUCUAUAGAUGUGGAUACUGGUACACCAAAAAGAACAUCAAAGGAGAAACCUAGCCUGAUAGUUAAUGAAGAUGAGGGCCCAACUGUUGAGAAAGAGGACAGAGAGUACUGGAAGACAUUGGCAUUUGCUCUGAUUGGAUUGUUGAGUGUUUUGAUUAUUGUUGCAACUGUUAUUGUUCUUAUGGCUUUCCGUAAGCUUCAGAAGGUGGCUGUUAUCAAACAACCUGAAGAAAAUGAUAUAGAUGACACAGACUCUGGCUAUGUUGUCAUACGAGCCAUAAGAAACAUUGGUGAUCCGAGGCCAGUAAACUCAGAGUACAACGUUUACUCACGGGAGGAUUACGAAGCCCAUCCUCCCCUGCUGACAUCCUCCACUGACAUGGAUCUCCAAUCAGUCUGCGACCCAUCCUCCCAGUUCUGCACGAUGCCAGGCCGACUUUGUUUUCUCCCUAAGGUUUACAAACCCCAGCGACGCCUGCUGAACUACGAUGCAGAUGAUGUGUUUGAGUCUGAUGACAGCGGGGCCUCCUGUAGCGUAGCAGUAAGAAACAAACUACAGCCAGUCACUGAGACCAAAACAGCGCCAAAGGGUAGACCUGAGUCUUCACUGGCCAGAGAUGCAACUGAUCCAAUUGUGUGAAUGGUGACAUGUCUGAUUGUAUAUUUUACAGAAGAUAUCGUUAGUGAGUUAUAAGCAUAGUUGCAAUUGUAAAAAGCUAACCCUAUGGCACCUGAAUAAUGUACAUGAGCUGAUCAUAAAAAUUGUAAGAUUAUCACAACUUUAAAAAUUGCAAUUUGGACAAAACUUUUGAACUUUGAUUUUAUAGCUAACUCUAUAGAAAUUACUAAAAUAAAAAUGUCUCAUAGGGUGUUAUAAGGUUUAAGCGUUACAUGCAUUAAAUAUUGGUUGACUGUAGUGCUUAAAAUAAAGUCAUUGGUUUGUCUAAUAUUAAUACCACAUAAUAAGGAGUAAUUUUGCCUGAUCUGGAUCAGUCUUUGAAUUCUACGGUUGUAAUACAGAAAAUUGUGUUGAGUGCACUCCACUGUACCUUGUAAAAUUUAGUCUGACCACCAGAGUGCUGUUGUACUGAAUGCUAAUGGGCUAUUAUUACUUCCCCAUUCUGAAAUUUCAGAUUAGCCAGUGUACCAUUGCAAUUUUUUGUUUAUUGUUUUAUUAUGUUUGUUUCUUUUUUGAUUUUAUGGAACAAAUUUUCAGUUUUGUGUAUUUUUAUACUUUUAUUUCAAGUGGAACAAAAAUAAUCACAUAUUUGAUUUAAUCAGUAUGGGUUAUUUUAUUAUUUCUUUACUUACAGUUCCACAACAGAAGCUCAUCCCCUGUAGUGUGGCAUUACAAUAGUUUUUCAAGCCAGUCAGUUUUAUUUGAUAAAUCUUUCACCUUUUUUUAGCAGUAGAUUUAGUAGGAUUGUUGUAGUUAUUGAAUAUAUACUAGUCAUAAAUUAUAUAUCCUGUGCUUCCAUUUGUGACACAACUGCCACUGUACUCUCUGAGACACUACUAGUCACAUUUUUCAUAAGUGGUAACUUGUGACUAUUCAUGUUUAUAAGCUCAGUUUUUUUUUAAACGUAAUACGUUUUUUUUUAUUUGUAAAGAGUUAUUUAUGAUUGAGUUCUAAUUCACAUUUUUUGUGUAGUGUCUUAGAAUUAGAAUUUUUCACAAUUUGUGUGUAAAAUUUUAACUAUGAACUUAGAUGUGUACCUAAACCACUACAGAGUAGCCACAGUAUAGCUUAAAGAAUGCUAAAUGUAUAUUUUUACAAAUUACUUUUUAUUUUAAUCCCUAUACUUUUAAAGAGUGAGUUUACUGAUUUAUUUUAAUGUUGUUUUUUUUUAAGUAUAUACAGGAUUUCUUAAAAGCAGUUUCUACUAUACUAGCUGAAGGUAAAUUAUUUUUAAAAGUUGUUUUUACUAUUGUAUCUUGAGUUGGAAUGAAAUUGUUUAUCUCUGUAAUGUUCCUUGCUCUAAUAGAAGCUUGAUGAAAAUGCUAUUUCUGCCUAGAUUUGCAUAUAAGGUUGUGAAUUCAAUGUUAUUCUUCUGUUCAUACAUCUUACAUCUAAAAAAAUAUUUUUAAUACUAUCUCAGAUUAAUAGAAAAAAGCUUAUUUAAAUACUCAAUUUCUUUCAAUAGUUCAUUUCCUAUGUUUUUUAUUUGUUAAUUCUAAAUGAAUUUUUGUUUAGUCAGUGUUUUUAAUUUAAUAUUGUUUUAUACACUGUAUUAUAUGUUUUGACACAUAAAAUUAAUUAUUUUUUUAAAACACUUCAUAAGUUUUACAUUUAACUUAAGUCAAAUUUUACCAUAAAACUUUAAAUGAAAUAAGCAUAUUAUUACAAACUAAUUGUACCAAAAAAUUUGAAAAUACCCUAGUCAAAUAUAUGUUUAAUUUAUUUAACACCUUCACAAUUGAAGAGUUUUUCUGUAACAUUAAAAUUAGUUUCUAGGAUCUUAAAUUUUUACUUAUGCUAAAACAGUUUCAUUUUUUUUCUUGUUUGUUUGUUUAUUCAUUUAUUUUCCAUAAGAUAGAUGCCUCAUUAGUUUAUUUAAAUAAUUCCAUUGUAAUGUUGUAUUUUAAAUUUAUUUUAAUUUUUAUUUGUUGAGCUUAGAACUUACCCUACUGCAUAAUUAUUUUAAAAAUUUCAUUGUAGAUUUGUUCAUUGAAGCCUGAUUAGGACAUUGUUUACUUAAUAUGUACAUAUAUCAUGAUUCAUGUGUAUUUAGGGAAAUUGACUAGUGCUGUUUAAAGAAAUUCAAAUCAACAUGUGAGAAAUUGCUGUCUGGUUCCUGUUAUUGCUGACACCAAUUUGUUUUCACAUAUCAUUAGUGUUCAUAGAAGGUUUAUUUUUUUGCCUUAGUUUCUAUAGUCUAAUAUUAAAGCGGGAGGAACUAUGGUACUUUACAUCGGUAUAUAAAUAUAAUAAUAAUGUUUAUCACACUUUGGCAUUAUUUUAAGAAAACAAGAACUAAAUUUUGGCAGUUUCAAUACAAAUGUAAUACAAAUGGACCAGCUUAUCUAAUGUUGACAAUGCUCAGUUACUAUUUCAGUUUAUUUUAGGAGAGGGGUGGUGGGAAUAGUCUACAAAAUUUGACAUCAUAUAUAGACGACUCUGUACUUAAAGAAUACAAUACUUAUCUAAUCAUUUAAUUGGAUUAAUUUUCAAAUAAUUUACCACAAUAUCCUAAAUGUAUGGCUCCUUUGGCCUUGUGAGACUAGAAUUUUGCGCCUGGAGAUAAAAUGUCAUUUUCUUGGUGCAUGCUCUGUUGUGGCUGAACAUGAUCAUGCCAGUUUUUUAAUGGCAAUCAGAAUGUGCAGAUAUUUUCCUUCUUCUUUUCUCAGAGGCUACCUCUGCCCUUUCUCCUUAAGCUAUGAGGAUGCCGGUCCGCACGGCCUGUCUCCACAAUGUUCUGUCUUGGGCCAGCUGCUCCUUCAUGUGUUUGUUUAUGUCUGUUUGCCUCAGGUUUUGUUUACAGACAUCUCUGUAAUUUAGUCGCCCAUUGGUUCUUGUACAAGAUCCUAGAUGAGUUUAAAUCUAGAGCUUUAUCAACAUACUAGAACAAAGUUUAGUAUCAAUGUCAUUUUUAUCAUUAAAUAUUUAACUUACUUAAUUGUUUUACAUUCAGAUUUCACUUUUGUUCUCAUGUGCUUAAGGGAUUAAUGAAUGGCCUUGUAAUUUUGGGAUUUUAAUCAGAAGUAUAUUUUUAGUCUAUAAAAGCAUUAUUUUGUAAAUAAAUAUUGUGUUGAAAGCAAUGAUUAUUGAAAAGCAUUAUUAUAUUGUCAUAAAAUUUAAUUUAACUUAUUCUGUCUUCCUAAUUCUGAUCUACUGUAUAUUGGUACCUAGUGCCACGCAUUACUGAUCUGAAAGAACUAUUUAUUGCCUUUUAUGUCAACUAAAUCAAAAUUUAUUUCUCAGCUGCAAUGUAUGUUUAAUGUCCAGAUGUAGAAAAGCUUCUAGGCUGUGUAUGGGAAGGGACUAAAAGCUAGUUUAUCAUUGUUCAAAGAUCUGAUGGAUGUAACAGCUGCAUGAAAUUUUUUGUUUUAAUUACUUAAAUAUAUUCAGAACUGAUUUUGCAGAUCUAGAUUGAUCAAUCAAUAAAAUGAUUGUUGU